ACAGGGUUCGUGUAAACCGAAGUUGUGUUAAGAUCCCGAACAGAGCGAGACGAGGGCUGCAUCGCUGCGGAGCAGAACACAAGAACGACGCAUUCAGCCUUGCAGGCUGCAUGGACUAGCAUUGUUUCCCCUGCUCUGAUUUAACCGCUAAGGAAUUCACCGCUCCGGGCGCGCCUCUACCGACUGGACCUCUUCCUGGCCGGCUUCACGAUGAUGAAGUUCAGGUUUCGUCGGCAGGGCAACGAUCCUCAGAGAGAGAAGAUCAAACAGGAACUAUUCGCUUUCAACAAGACGGUGGAACAUGGUUUUCCCAACCAGCCCAGUGCUCUGGCCUACGACCCCAAACUCCAGCUUAUGGCCAUUGGGACCAAGUCAGGAGCCAUCAAGGUAUAUGGAGUUCCAGGUGUUGAGUUCACCGGACUGCACCAAGACACAGCCGCCGUCACGCAGAUUCACUUCCUGUAUGGACAGGGACGGCUGCUGUCUCUGCUUGAUGACAACACACUGCACCUGUGGGAGCUCAGCGCUGGUCCGAGGGAGGGGGGAGGAGCCAGGAGAGAGGGCGUGGUCUACCUGGAGGAGGUGCGGAGCUACAGCCCACCAGGCAGGCCUGGACUGGAGAGCUGCAGUGCCACCAGAGUUACAGUCCUCCUGAUGCUGAGGUCAUGUGACCUGCUGUGUGUCGGUACCGAGGGAGGGGGUGUGUACUUCCUUGAUCUUCCACACCUCUCGCUGCGGGACAACCAAUCUCUGCUCCAGGACCAGGUCAUGCAGAGUGUUCCUGAGGACUACAGGUGUGGCAAGUCUCUGGGACCGGUGGAAUCUCUGCAGGAACACCCCCAGCAGCCGGGGAAGAUUCUGAUUGGCUACAGCCGAGGUCUGGUUGUCCUAUGGGACUUGAGCAAUCGCCAUGCCGACCAUGUCUUUCUGGGCAAGCAGCAGCUGGAAAGCCUGGUGUGGGAACGUUCCGGUAACUCCUUCGUCAGUUCCCAUAGCGAUGGGGGAUACUCUGUGUGGGCUGUUGCCAGCGGCAACUCCUGCACUCAGCAGCCCGUGUCCUCUACUAUCCCAUAUGGUCCGUUCCCAUGUAAAGCCAUCAACAAGAUUCUGUGGAGGACCUCUCCGUCUGGGUCUCCGGUGCUGCUCUACAGCGGGGGCAUGCCCAGGGCCAGCUACGGAGACCGCCACUGCCUGACCGUCCAGCAGGACCGGCGACACGUCACGCUGGACUUCACCUCCAGAGUCAUCGACUUCUUCACCGUGCACUGCGAGGACCAGGACAAGGAGUACGACGAACCGUCUGCUGUGGUGGUGCUGCUGGAGGAGGAGCUGGUGGUGGUGGACCUGCAGACCAGCGGCUGGCCCUCCCUGCCCACGCCCUACCUGGCCCCGCUCCACUCCUCCGCCAUCACCUGCUCCUGCCACGUGUCCGCCGUGCCGCCCAAGCUCUGGGAGCGGCUGUCCCGCGCCGGCAGGAGCCAGAGCCACCAGCAGCACACACACAGGACCUGGCCCAUAUGUGGAGGGAAGAAUUUAGCACCUCCUCCUAAACAACAGGAGCUGCUAUUGACCGGACAUGAGGAUGGGACGGUUCGUUUCUGGGACGCGUCGGGCGUGGCUCUGACGCCUCUCUACAAGCUCAGCACCUCCAGCGUGUUCCUCACAGACUGCGACCCUAUCGAUGACCCUCACGACCCUGGCAACGACCCUGGCAACGACCCCGACGCCCAGCACGAAGAAGAGUGGCCCCCCUUCAGGAAGGUGGGCUGUUUUGACCCCUACAGUGACGACCCCAGACUAGGCAUCCAGAAGAUCAUCCUGUGUAAAUACAGCAGCAAGCUGCUGGUGGCAGGAACUGCUGGACAGGUGAUAGUGAUGACGCUGAGCGAGGAGCGAUCGGAUCACUCCGUGGACGUAUGUGUGGUGGACCUGCUGCAGGAUCGCGAGGGCUUCACCUGGAAGGGCCAUGAUAGGCUGGAGCCUCGGCUCAGCCCCACCCCCUUUCCCCCAGGCUUCCAGCCAUUGGUCCUGGUCCAGUGCAUGCCCCCCGCCUCUGUAACCGCGGUGACGCUGCAUGCGGAGUGGAACCUCAUCUCCUUCGGUACCAGUCAUGGCUUCGGCCUGUUUGACUACCACCGACGUAACACUGUACUGGCCAGGUGCACCCUGCACCCUAACGACUCCCUGGCGAUGGAGGGUCCUCUGUCCAGAGUCAAGUCCCUGAAGAAGUCGCUCCGCCAGAGUUUCAGACGCAUCCGCAAGAGCCGUGUGACCGGAAAGAAACGCCCCGGGACCUCCACCCCCACCAGCAAGGUGCAGGAGGCUAACGCGGCGCUAGCGGAGCAGGACAGUGACAUGGCUCCGGUCCAGAGGAGGAUCGAGCCUCGCUCAGCUGAUGACUGCCUGUCUGGGGUGGUGCGCUGUGUGUGCCUGGCUGACACCUUCCUGCGAGACGGUACACACCAUGGGCCUACGUUGUGGGCGGGGACUAACUCGGGCAGCGUGUAUGCGUACGCCCUGGAGGUUCCGGGCGUGGGCUCGGGGCGCGUGUGUGAGCGCGGGGGAGUGGGCGAGGCCAGCGUGUGUGUGGAGGCUGUCCUGGGUAAGGAGAUCCAGCUGAUGCACAGAGCCCCUGUGGUGUCCAUCUGCGUGCUGGACGGCCGGGGGAGGCCUCUCCCCGACCCCUACGAGGCCUCCAGAGACCUGGCCUCCGCACCCGACAUGAACAACUCUCACUCUGUCCUCAUCGCCUCUGAGGAGCAGCUGAAGGUGUUCUCCCUCCCCAAGGUGAGCGCCAAGACCAAGUUCAAGCUCACUGCUCAUGAGGGCUGUCGGGUGCGGCGCGUGGCGCUGGCGGUGUUCAGCUCUGCGGUCCAGGAGGACUACAGCGAGCAGACCCUGGUGUGUCUCACCAACCAGGGGGACCUGCACCUGUUCAGCAUCCCCGCGCUGCGGCCACAGGCUCGCUACGACUGCAUCCGCAAGGAGGACAUCAGCGGCAUCGCUUCCUGCGUCUUCACCAGGACAGGCCAAGGGUUCUAUCUCAUCUCUCCCUCGGAGUACGAGAGGUUCUCCCUGUCUGCCAGGGACGUGACAGAGCCUCUGUGUUCUGUCCUGCUGAACCGUCCUCUGCUGCCCUCACCUGCCAGUGACAGUACAGCUAUGUUGCCCCAGGCUAAUGGAACUCACAAGAAUCAGGCUGAGGGUAUGUACACACACACACACACAUCCCCUCAGUGCUUGUGUCCUGGUCUCUCUCACUGCAGUUUAGGACAUGUCAUGCAGGGGUGCUUCUCUGGUCUCCAUGGUGACGCCUCAGACAAUCCCUCCCCAUGCAGAGAAAUGAAGGUUACCAUGGAGACCAGAGUAAUGCUCAGUCAGUUUGCAGGGCUGGGAUUGGCCCAAAUCGGUGAUUGGCCGAGUCCUUAAUUCAGUGACUUAUGU